AUUACACGAUGAUACCGUAUUCCAAUGUUUUUGGCAAACUUCCAAAACGUGCCCGCUCUUCAGACCCCCCUUUCCGCUUCUCUUGCCCCCCGCUUUCCCUCUCCACCCUGGUCUUCUCCGUUCUUCAUCUCUCUCACCAGUCUAGUUCCUUCACUUAACCUCUUCUCCUAGCAAGUGGCCUCCACCACUAAGAGCUCCGAUAUUCCCAGGUUGGAUACGGCAUAGCUGGCCUUUGAAGCAUAAUUCAAAGUUUGAUAAGAAGGAAUGGUUUAUAUUGGGGCUCAUGGUGUUCAAGCUCUGCACCGAUACAAAUAUAGUGGCGUAGAUCAUUCGUACCUUGCCAAAUAUGUACUGCAGCCCUUUUGGAGCCGCUUUGUUAAUUUUUUCCCGCUGUGGAUGCCUCCAAACAUGAUCACUCUUACAGGAUUUAUGUUCUUGCUACUGUCUGCAUUGCUUGGCUAUAUAUACUCACCUCAAUUGGAUACAGCUCCACCGAGAUGGGUUAAUUUUGCGCAUGGCCUGCUUCUUUUUCUAUACCAGACAUUUGAUGCUGUUGAUGGGAAGCAAGCUAGACGAACAAAUUCUUCAAGCCCAUUAGGGGAGCUGUUUGAUCAUGGGUGCGAUGCACUUGCUUGCACAUUUGAAGCAUUGGCUUUUGGGAGCACAGCCAUGUGUGGAAGAAGUACUUUCUGGUUCUGGUUGAUAUCUGCAAUUACAUUUUAUGGUGCAACCUGGGAGCACUUUUUCACCAAUACACUUAUACUGCCAGUUGUAAAUGGACCUACAGAGGGUCUUAUGCUGAUAUAUGUUGCCCACUUCUUUACUGCUUUUGUUGGUUCUGAGUGGUGGGCUCAACAGUUUGGAAAGUCUUUCCCAUUUUUGAACUGGUUGCCUUUUGUUGAGGGGAUCACAACGUAUAAAGUGGUAUUGUUUUUGAUGAUAGCUUUUGGUGUUAUACCAACAGUCACAUUCAAUGUUUGUAAUGUUCAUAAGGUUGUGAAGGCAAGAAACGGAAGCAUGCCGCUUGCAUUGGCAAUGCUUUAUCCAUUUGUGGUGCUUGUGGGAGGAGUUCUUAUCUGGGAUUAUUUGUCUCCAUCGGACAUCAUAAGGAGCUAUCCACAUUUAGUGAUUAUAGGAACAGGACUAACUUUUGGAUAUCUUGUGGGAAGGAUGAUUUUGUCCCACUUAUGUGAUGAACCCAAAGGCUUGAAAACUGGAAUGUGCAUGUCGCUCCUGUAUCUCCCAUUCGCCAUUGCUAAUGCACUUGCAUCACGGCUAAAUGAUGGGGCUCCUCUAGUGGAUGAGAGAUUUGUUCUUCUUGGUUACUGUGCAUUUUCAGGAACACUUUACUUGCAUUUUGCUACAUCUGUCAUCCAUGAGAUUACGGAUGCCCUGGGAAUAUAUUGUUUCAGGAUAACUAGGAAGGAAGCUUAAGUUACUGAAUAUAUCGUUUAGGUAUGUGCUUUUUCUAUGUCAUAACCACUUUUCCCCCCUUCUUUCGGGACACAUUCUUUGUUUAAUACACUCAUGCAAUAUCGAUCCGACGAAUUUUUGCAUUGUUAAUUUCCUUUCUCUAUGUCUCUGAGUCGCUGUUUUUGUCACUUCAGCUUGCAAGUAUACUUGCAUGGCUUUGGUUAGUAAGAAUUUUGCUAUAGACUAACAUUGUCCUUUUAACAAUUUAACUACAUAUAUUGAUUUUCAUUGAUAAGGAGGUUGAAUGGAAACUUGAGUGUUUCAAA